AUGGGGAUGUCUUUUUCAUGCCCUUUGUCGCAUGAUUUGGAUGGUCAAUUGGAAUCCCUUUUAGUUAGACAAAUAAGUUUUGAACGUGGUGAUGUAAAAGCUGUAAUACGUUCUGUUAGUUUUAACGGUAGAGAUUCUGAUUCUAAAGCAGCGAUGAAGUCUUUCGAUUCUGGAAAAAUGAUCCUUGAAGGGUCUCUCAGCUUUAAAGGCCGGGAAUUAGAGAUAUCACUGAAAGCUCCUGCCUUUGAUGUAGAAAACACAGGAAUUAUUGCAUCAAUCAACAAUGCCAAGAGCAAGCAAGUCCCUCCAACGUCACCUGCCCCAGAUAGUGUGUUUGAGAAAUCUAUAGCAAUGCCCUCGCCAGGUCCUGCAAAUGAUAGAGAUAUGGCUGCUCUAAAGCUGCAGAAAACAUAUAAAAGUUUCCGAACCAGAAGGCAACUAGCAGAUUGUGCGGUUCUAGUGGAACAAAGAUGGUGGAAGUUAUUGGAUUUUGCUGAACUCAAGCGCACUUCUGUGUCAUUCUUUGACGAGAAACCUGAAACAGCAAUUUCACGUUGGUCGAGGGCAAGAACAAGAGCGGCUAAGGUAGGGAAAGGUUUGUCAAAGGAUAAAAAGGCACGCAAACUUGCUUUGCAACAUUGGCUUGAGGCUAUUGAUCCCCGUCAUCGAUAUGGCCAUAAUCUUCAAUUUUAUUAUGUCAACUGGCUUCAGUGUGAGAGUAAACAGCCCUUCUUCUACUGGCUUGAUAUUGGAGAAGGUAAAGAAGUAAAUCUUGAGAAAUGCCCUCGAUCAAAACUUCAUCAACAAUGCAUAAAGUAUCUUGGGCCGAUAGAAAGAAUGGCGUAUGAAGUUGUAAUAGAGGACGGAAAGUUUAAGUACAAAGAAAGCGGACAGCUUCUAGAUACAAGAGGCGGUCCUGAGGAUGCGAAGUGGAUUUUCGUUCUCAGUGUCUCCAAGGUCUUGUAUGUUGGGCUGAAAAAGAAAGGCACAUUUCAGCAUUCAAGUUUCUUGGCAGGUGGUGCUACAUUAUCUGCUGGGAGAUUAGUAGUGGAAGAUGGCAUUCUGAAGGCUGUCUGGCCUCACAGUGGCCAUUACCUCCCAACAGAAGAAAAUUUUGAAGAACUUAUGUCAUUCCUUAAGCAAAAAAAUGUCGACCUCAGUGUUGUCCAGAGAGCCCCAACUGGUGAGGAGGAAGAAGUCUUUGUUAGGAAACAAAGUCUUCGAAAAACCAUAUCAGAACCAGACUUCAGUCGAGCUGGUGAUGAUGCUGAUGCUAAAAUCUCCGAAAGAGAGAAAGUUGAUUCGAUCAAGAAAUAUUGCAAGGGCACCGAGAAUUUACCACCGCAAAUAUCGAGGUGGUCUCGAGGACUUCACUCAAAGAUUUCUGUACUUGAAAUACCCAAAAAGGAGGACGUGUUGGAGCUGUUCAAGAAUCAAGAGGAACAAGAGCAUCAAAUUGGUGGUGAAACUCCGGCGGAUGGAUAUGAAACAGCGGAAGAGAACUUGUCCGACUCUGAUUUCUCAGUUUCCAAGGAAAAUCUGUUCGAUGAGGAUGUUGAAGAAGAUGAAGAAGAAGCCAUUCCAAAAGGAGAGAUUAUUAGGAGAAUAUUUUCGCAUAAAGGAAUGAAAUCUUAUCAGUUAGCUAAGCAAUUGUCUUGUAAAUGGACAACAGGAGCUGGUCCACGGAUUGGAUGUGUCAGGGACUAUCCUUCGGAGCUUCAAGUUCGUGGCUUGGAGCUGGUGAAUCUAUCUCCAAGGACCAGUUUUUCGUCUCCCAGGAAAUCGCUAACUCCAAACUUUAGCAGGGAAACCCCGGGCAGAAGUCCGCUUGGUUCUUAACAGCAUAGAUAUUAGCUAGAAAUUUCAGAUUAACAGGUGUAUAGACGAAACUGCAGAAAAGAAGGCUUUUCCAUUCUACAUUCUGCUCCUUCUAGUGUAGGGAUGAUUUUUUUUUUCCUUUGUAAGUCGUUUGCAUUCUUUGAAUCAUUCUUUGAUACAAUCUUUCUGUACAUCAUGAAGGGAGGA